AUUUUUUUGAAGUUUUUGGUGAUCUGCCCGUUUAAAGUUUCGGGCAACACCUGCCCGUAACAUAAAGAUGAUUUUUUAUUUUAUUUAUAUCUUCUGGUGAACGAAGCUAAUAUAAAGCUUCCAUGGCUAAUCUUGUUUAAGCUUCUCUUCUUCUGUUCUCUCUUUCUCUCUCUCUCUCCUGUGUCUCGUUCAGUAGUUUUUUUUUUAUAUUUAUUUUUGGUCCGGGGGAUGAGAGUGAUGAUGAUGAUGAUGAUGAUGAUGGAGUGUGAAUGUUGAACAGUUUCGACGAUCGCAUGGCUGAGAUUUGCUACGAGAACGACACAGUGAUGAAGAAAACGACGGCGACGGUGGUGAAGAAGACGACGACGACGAGGAGACGAGAACGGAGCUCUUCUUCCCAAGCGGCGAGAAGAAGGAGAAUGGAGAUCCGGCGAUUUAAGUUUGUCUCCGGCGAACAAGACGCUGUCUUCGUCGACCAAGAGUUACAGAAACGGAGGAGACGAGAAGCCACCGUCGCAGCCUCAGCUUCCGCCGUGUACUAUGAUACGGCCAAGGAAGUCGUCGUUUUAUGCGAGUCUCUAAGUUCAACGGUUGUGGCAUUGCCUGAUCCUGAAGCUUAUCCUAAAUACGGCGUCGCUUCAGUCUGUGGAAAAAGACGGGAAAUGGAAGACACCGUUGCCGUUCAUCCGUUUUUUCUCCGUCAACAAACGGAGUAUUCCUCCUCCGGGUUUCACUACUGCGGCGUUUACGAUGGCCAUGGCUGUUCCCAUGUAGCGAUGAGAUGUAGAGAAAGACUACACGAGCUAGUUCGUGAAGAGUAUGAAGCUGAUGCUGACUGGGAAAAGUCAAUGGUGCGUAGCUUCAACCGCAUGGACAUGGAGGUUGUGGCUUUGAACGCCGACGGUGCUGCGGCGAAAUGCCGAUGCGAGCUUCAGAGGCCGGACUGUGACGCUGUGGGAUCCACAGCGGUCGUGUCAGUCCUCACGCCGGAUAAAAUCAUCGUGGCUAACUGCGGUGACUCACGUGCCGUUCUUUGCCGUAAUGGGAAGGCCAUUGCUUUAACCUCCGAUCAUAAGCCGGACCGUCCGGACGAGCUAGACCGGAUUCAAGCAGCGGGUGGUCGAGUGAUCUACUGGGAUGGCCCACGUGUCCUUGGAGUACUUGCAAUGUCACGAGCCAUAGGAGAUAAUUACUUGAAGCCAUACGUAAUCAGUAAACCGGAGGUAACCGUGAUGGACCGGGUCAACGGAGACGAUUUCCUUAUUCUAGCAAGUGACGGUCUUUGGGACGUGGUUCCAAACGAAGUUGCAUGUAGCGUCGUUCACAUGUGUUUAAGAGGAGAAGUCAACUGUCAACUUACAUCCUCACCUGAAAGGGAUGGCGCCGGCGCAGGGAAUGUGGUGGUCGGAGGAGGAGAUGUAUCUGAUGAAGCGUGUGAAAAGGCGUCGGUGUUGCUGACGAGGCUUGCAUUGGCUAGACGAAGUUCGGACAACGUAAGUGUUGUGGUGGUUGAUCUACGAAGAAACACGUAGUUGUUUCUUGUUUCUCUCUUUCUCUUUUUCUCUCUUGUAAUGUUUGUUUUUUUUUGUCCUGAGUCAUCGACUUUUGGGCUUUCUCUUUUACCCUGUUUUUGCUCUUCGUUGUAAGACGACGAAGGGUUUUUAAUUUAGUUUGACUUUGGGUUAUGUGACUUAUGUCACUGUGUAGUGAACAGCGGUUUAGAUCUACAAAGAUUUUCACCGGUCGUGAAAAGCUAAAAAACCGUGAACGUUUGGUACAUUUGUGAAAGUCUGAGUUUUCUUAA